AUGGCACUGUUCGGCAACACGACCUUUCUCGUCGGGGGUGUGGCGCUGCUGAUAUACGCAGUAAUCGCGACCCCUGUUCCCACGCUGUUAGAAUCUUUGGCACUGAUUGAUGUCCAUUCGUACGCUCAAGGACCCCUUGUCCGAGUUGGCCCCAAUUAUGUCGUAUGUAGUGACCCCUCGGAAAUACGGCGCAUCUGGAGUGUACACUCUGGGUACUACCGCUCGUCCUGGUACAAAGCGAUUCGAGUAGACCCAACCAGAAACAGCGUCUUAACCAUAUGCGAGAACAAAGCACAUCACCGGGUGCGAGGCUACUUGGUGGGGGGUUAUGCAGGCAAAGGCAUCAACAACCAGGAGCAGCUUGUAGAUGAGCAGGUAGAGAAGCUCAUCUCGCUAAUCAGGCGCAAGUACAUCUCCACACGGAGCGCGUUGCAGCCCUUGAAGAUGGACCAGACCAUGCAGUACCUAACUCAAGAUGUGAUCACCGCCGUUGGGUUUGGUAAACCCACUGGCUAUUUGGAUGCCGACAACGAUAUCUUCGGCCUGUUCAAAACCUUCCAAUCCACGAUCCUGCCAUUCCAUCUCCUUGCAAUGAUGCCCGCCGUGGUGGACUUUCUCCAGACCUACAUCAUGAAGCCAUUUGUCCCCAAACCGACCGAUACCCAUGGCGUUGGCAAGCUUCUCGGCGUGAUAAAGGCACAUGUUGACACUCGCUACGAGCCCGAGAGGGUCCGCAAUGACGAUGUGCUCCAAACCUUUGUCGACUCUGGUCUGACUCGUUCAGAAGUUGAAGUUGAAGCGCUUGUUCAACUGCUGUCGGGAACUGAUACAACAGCCACAGCGCUGCGAAACAUAAUUUUCUAUGUUUGCACUAAUCCAAGUGCGUACCACGCUUUACAAGCAGAAAUUGACAUCGCGGCCGAAACUGCCACUCGCCCCGUCAUUGCUGAUCAACAUGCAAAGUCGCUCCCGUAUUUGCAAGCGUGCAUCAAAGAGACGCUGCGUCUCUGGCCCCCCAUCAUGGGGCUAAUGCCGAAAACAUCCGACAAAGAUGAUGAAAUAUGCGGGAUCAGGGUGCCAGCAAAGACGCAGGUCGCGUGGGUGCCAUUGGCGAUGAUGAAGGACCGAACGGUUUUUGGGGAGGACGCUUGUGUCUUUGAGCCACGUCGCUGGAUCGACGCUCAGCCGGCCCGGCUCAGGGAAAUGGAAGCGACGCAUGGUCUGGUGUUCGCGACGGGCUCCAGAUGGGAGUGCUUGGGAAAACGGUUGGCGUAUAUGGAAAUGGGAAAGACGAUCUUCGAGGUGGGAACCUAUUUCUUGGCUCCAUUCUCGCUUUUCACUGACUGA